AUGCCUACCCGGCAGUCCUUCGACACCGUCUCCUCUGUAUCCACCAUCACCCGCGCCAAGGAGGACGCAACCAAGCCUCAAGUGUCCACAGCCUCCAUCGCCCCCAGCUCGUCGGCAUCGUCCACAAAGGGACACUCAGAGACCCGCGACAUCGGGAAGCGCGCCUGGCGAAAGGUGGCACAGAUGGCCCGCGAGCACCACGAGUCCGUGACGGCCGCCACUUCUCUCUAUUACGACGUCGGCACAGGCUACGCGACGCCCCGUCGCAGCGAGGCGAAAAGUUGA